AUGGCGGACAGAGACAGCGGCAGCGAGCAGGGCGGCGGCGGCGGGGGCGCGGCGGGCGCCGGGGGGCCGGGCGCGGGCGGCGGCGGCCCGGGCGGCGGCGGCGGCGGCGGCGGGGGCCCGGGCGGCGGGCUGCAGCACGAGACGCAGGAGCUGGCCUCCAAGCGGGUGGACAUCCAGAACAAGCGCUUCUACCUGGACGUGAAGCAGAACGCCAAGGGCCGCUUCCUCAAGAUCGCCGAGGUGGGCGCGGGCGGCAACAAGAGCCGCCUGACCCUCUCCAUGUCGGUGGCCGUCGAGUUCCGCGACUACCUGGGCGACUUCAUCGAGCACUACGCGCAGCUGGGGCCCAGCCAGCCCCCCGAGCUGGCGCAGGCGGCCGACGAGCCCCGGCGGGCGCUGAAGAGCGAGUUCCUGGUGCGGGAGAACCGCAAGUACUACAUGGAUCUGAAGGAGAACCAGCGCGGGCGCUUCCUGCGCGUCCGCCAGACCGUGAACCGCGGCCCGGGGCUGGGCUCCACGCAGGGCCAGACCAUCGCGCUGCCCGCACAGGGCCUCAUCGAGUUCCGCGACGCCCUGGCCAAGCUCAUCGACGACUACGGCGUGGAGGAGGAGCCGGCCGAGCUGCCCGAGGGCACCUCCUUGACUGUGGACAACAAGCGUUUCUUCUUCGACGUGGGUUCCAACAAGUACGGCGUGUUCAUGCGGGUGAGCGAGGUGAAGCCCACCUACCGCAACUCCAUCACCGUCCCCUACAAGGUCUGGGCCAAGUUCGGCCACACCUUCUGCAAGUACUCGGACGAGAUGAAGAAGAUCCAGGAGAAGCAGCGGGACAAGCGCGCCGCCGCCGCCGCCGCCCCCGCCGUGGGCGCCGAGCCGCCCCCGAGGCCGAGGCGGCCGCCGCCGGCCGCC